AUGCAAACAUGAUCUGCGGAAUUUUUCGUCCACCGGCACACCAGCCGACAACACGAAACAGUAGCGCUGAAGGGACGGGGAAAUUCCAUGACUCGUCUAACGUUACGAGGCGGUUUCCAGCCAUUUGGACCACGGAUAGAAAUGCUGCAACAGAAAAGGAAGAGGCAAUAAAGUCGUAAGGUCAAUUUAUGUCCCAACCAGGUCUGAAACAAUAUUAAAACUUGAGCAUUGGCUCGUGGUGGUCAGUUUGCUCCCCAGGCUAGCUCGUGUCGUGUGCGUCACCAGUGAACGUAUCUUCUCCGGGUUUCGUUAGAGAGCGAGUCCCAAUAGAUCUAUAUAAACUGCUGAGCAGCACAACGUAGCGUGUAAAAUCGCCCGGUUCAAGCACUUAAACAGCUGAUCAUUCAAAGAAUAACUCAACCCACCGAAACACGACAUGCCGGCUGAAGUAAGACAAGUCAUGGCUGCGUACUGGAAAGAACACUCCAAGCAGGGUUCAGUAGAAGAGAUGAUGCUGGACAAUACUGCAGAGGAGCUGUCGAAAGAAGAACUCCCAGAAAUACUUUCCUAUUUACCUGAGUAUGCUGGCAAAGAUGUCAUUGAGCUUGGAGCUGGCAUUGGACGAUUCACAACAGAAAUUGCAAAGAAAGCUAAAAGUGUUGCUGCUGUUGAUUUUAUGGAGGAAUUCAUCAACAAAAACAAAAAGACAAACCAGAAUUUUAAUAAUAUAGAAUACGUGGUUGCAGAUGUGACAAAAUUGGAUAGACCAAAAGAAAGUGCUGACCUCAUCUUCUCCAACUGGUUGCUCAUGUACUUGAAUGACAACGAAGUUCAAGAGUUCUUCAGGAAACAGCUGAGCUGGCUGCGGCCAGGGGGUUAUCUUUUCAUCAGAGAGUCAUGCAGACAUCAGUCAGGAAAUAAAGACAGGGGUGCAAACCCAACUGAAUACAGAGACCCAGAGUUGUACGAGGCAUUUUAUUCUUCAACCACCAUGCCCUGUGAUGAGAACAACUUCUACGGUUUUGAUUUGGUUGUAUCAAAGAGUGUGGACACGUAUAUCAAGAGAAAGAACAACAGCAAUCAAGUGAUCUGGCUGAUAGAGAAAGUGAAGAGAGACAACUCUCAGAACCAUGGCUUCAAGAGCUUUCAAGAGUUUUUGGACAAUCAACAAUAUUCAGCGAGAGGAAUUCUUCUGUAUGAAAAGAUUUUUGGCAGAACUUAUGUCAGCACUGGUGGUCCAGAAACAACAGAGGAGUUUGUGGAGCUUCUUAACCUCCAAAGGGGUCAACAGGUUUUGGAUGUAGGAGGUGGUAUUGGUGGAAGCGCUUUUUACAUGGCAAAGAAAUUUGGUGUGAAGGUUGUGAGCAUUGACCUGUCCUCAAACAUGACACAAAUUGGCUUGCAAAGAGCAGAGGAAGUUGGUUGUGGGCCUGACCAGGUUGUGUUUGAAAUCGCUGACGCCACCAAAAGGGAUUACCCAGCACAAUCGUUUGAUGUCAUCUACAGCCGUGAUACUAUCCUUCACAUUCCAGACAAGCUUGCUCUUUUCAAGAAAUUCUAUAAAUUCCUGCGCCCUGGAGGCAAAGUACUGAUCUCUGACUACUGCUGCAGUCCCGAUGAACACUCAGAGAAAUUCAAGACUUAUGUGAAACAAAGAGGAUACAAUCUCUUAUCACCUGCUCAAUACGGCAAGGUUCUCGAAGCAGCAGGAUUUGUGAAUGUCAGGGCUGAGGACAGAUCUGCUCAAUUUGCAAAGGUGCUCAAAUCUGAGAUUGCGAAAACUGAGAGUAUCAAAGACGAGUUCAUCAAGGAAUUCGAUGAAGAUGGAUAUAGGUACAUUGUGGAUGGAUGGAAGGAGAAGUUGGGCCGUGUUGAAAUUGGAGAUCAGAGAUGGGGACUCUUCUACGCUGAGAAAUCUUAGAUAGCAAUGUGCAGAUUGGGAAUUUCACGCUCAUUGUCAUUUCUGUAUAAUUUUCCUCAUGGAAAUAUUGAAGCUUAUUCUGGGAAUAUUACUUUGUUUUAUCUUUUGAAAAUUUUCAGCCUUUGAAAUAAGUUUGGCAGUAUUUAAAUCUGUGACAUAAGACUCAACAUUCUUAUAUGAUACUGUAAGGGUUGAUGCAGUAUUUUGAAUACAUUGAAGAGCUGAGGAAAUUUUUUAUAGUUGCAAUGCUAAAAUAUCUUCUCUCUUCUUUAAGCUGAUUUUUAAGUUUCUCAUGAUUUUAAUCUUUAUUCCAUACAUCUUGGGCAGAGGACAAGUCAGUUUUCAGUAACUGAAUCACUUUUCAUUUUGUCAAAGAAGGCACUCUCGUUGGAGUGUGAAAAGAACUCUCAAAUGUUUACAAAGCAUGUUAAUUUCUUAAUUUUGGGAAAAGUUAUCUGUCUUUCAUAAAGAGAUGAGUUUUAUGAAGUCAGUCUCGCCCAUUUUGCUUCCUUCUUAUCUGUGGCUAACGCACAAAGCUAUUGUAAAAUUGCUUAGGGGUGUGUUCUUAAGGUUGAUAAUUUCUUUGAAUAUUUGAUUGCUAUAGAUAUCAGUCUUGUAGCUGACUUUCUAUUUUGUAUAUUUGUACAUUGAUUCAACAGCAAAACAAAAGUCAUUUCUUUGUUAUUGUGACUUUAUCUGCCCUAAUACACUUUAUUUUGCUGUUCCUACAUGGGCAUACAAUUUUGUUCAUUCAGUCUAUCUCCCGUCUACAAUCCUCCAGAAAAUCUGUCAAUUUGUUGUAAUUGAAGCAAAGUUAGUCAUUUUGUGUGUAUAAUGCAGUGACAGAACAUUUGAGUAGCAUUUCAAGCUGUAUUUCAAUUGAAAGAUGAGACCUAGUCACCUAGUUCCGUUUUAGUUACAUAAAAACCACAACAACAUUGACAUCUUCACACACAGGUGUUUAUCAAGAUUUCUCUCUCAGCUUAAUCCCCCCCCCCCCCCCCCCCCAACUCAAUUUUGUCAUGCGUGCAGGUCUGUGAUAUUGAAAGAGAAAUCCAAGUCUCAGCAGUUGAUUUUUCCGUCGGGCUAGCUUGUUAUUUUCUCUUGGUGGGUAACACUGAGGUGGAGAUGGAAUGGCGAGUUAGUCUUUUAUAGCCUACGGUGGGGAUGGAAUAGCAUGUUAGUUUUGCAAGGUCUAUUCUAGUGUGGCUUUUUAUCUCUUUGUGAUCUCUUUGUGGAAUCUGUUUUGUCCACUCGCUGCAACAGUCUUCUGAAAAGGUAUACUUCCAUGACAUAAUAUGUUGGGUUGACUUUUUGCAUUUAGUAGGUCAGCUCUUGUGAUAAAGUUGACAUGAUUCUGGUAUAUGUGGGAGUGUGAAAGUUGUGCCAAGGCAGAAAGAAAGAAUGAGUGAAAUGCUCUUUGUUCUUAGUGGAAUACAAUCUUAAUGUCUUUCAUUUGUGUGAGAUCAAGUCCUUGCUAAGUGGAAUAUAUCAAAGCUUCAUGCAUGACUUUAUUUUUCAUGCUAAAGGGAUUAUUAAAAUUACUAUUCGUUUUCUCUUUCAUCUGUAGGAUGAAGUCUGUUUUUGCUCAGCUUAUGAGAGCAGUACUGCUCAUUCUAUGUAUGUGUUCAUUGAAUAUGUUUUUUUUCUAUUACCUUCUCUUAAAAUGCAUUCCCAACUUUGAUGGUUACAGUGACUCUGUAAUGGCAUUAAAUUUAAUUCAAUUUCACGUGCCAGUGACAGAUGACCCAUGUAAAAGUUAGACCGUGCGUUAAUGAAUAACCAUUCUAAUAACUUAUAAAAUUGUUCAGUCAUUGUAAGAUUCUAGCAAGGACUCUGGCUAAAUGUUGAAUUUAUUUUAUAGAAAAGUGUACCAGACCUCUGUGAGCAUAUUGUCAGCGUUAUUCCACAAGCCCCAAACUAAGUUUUUGAAGUUUAGAGUAAAUUAAAGCAAAAGAGAGCGCCCAAAUCAUAACCAUGACUUGGGUUUCUCAUUAUUUUUCCAUCAGAAUCUAGGAAGGAAAUUACAAAGCAAAAUGAAACUAUAUUGUAAGAUGCCACUUAUUGUAUUUAUUGAAACAACGACUUUAUCUGGAAACUCCCAGCAAUUGAAUGAGGCAACUUUAGAAUGGCCCUGGCAAUAUUAUUGUUUCAAUUGCCGCACACUUAUGUCAUAGUUGCUGAUGCGAUGGAAGAAAGCCAAGCCUCUCAUUUUUACCUCUGUGUACUUUUGUCUAAUAUUUUUAAAUUAAGGAGUGUACACAUGUUAAAGGAACAGGUAUUCUUUAAUGUGCAUAUUGUAAAUGCAGAUCAGAAAUUAUUUGUUUUUGCACUUCUCUGAUGUGAUUUUUAAACAGGUCUCUUGAUCAUUGAUACUGCUGACGGUUUACAGCCUUAUUUUGCUUGUUUUUAAUUCAGAAGUUUAAUAGUUUGAUAAAGUAGUGGUUUGUAAUGGCAAGAUGUACCUUACUAUCAUAUAUUCAUAUCGUCCUGUCUUUCUUGGAAAUGAAAGAUGCUGACUCGGAUGAAUGUUCUAUGAAUGGAAAAACAUGGCCAUUGCUACACAUUCUCUUCCAAGGGGUGGGAAAUUGUGUUCUAAGCUUUAAUGUCUUGCCAAUAGAGAAAGGGAUGUUAAAAUUUCCCAUCUCACUUGGAGCAGUGCAUUUUAUGCCUUUUAUUGACCACUUUUAGGGGUAUUUGUUUACCCUAGCAUGAAGGGUACAGUAGUCGGUAUUAAUUGUGACUAUAUAUUUUUUGUCAACUCUGUUUGAUAGAGCCUAAGAGCACUGCUUCUCGCUUUGACAAAACUGCCAUUCAUUGUGAGCUCAUUUUGCAAUUGAGCUCCACCAAAAUCUCAAUUUUUAAUCUUAUUAAUUUGUGAUUGGUUGGGGGGGGGGUAUCCAAAAGUAAGUGUAUAUUUGUAUCAUAUACUGCAUAUGCCUCACAACCCUGUGAACAUUUAUUGUCUUUUGACAAAGAAGUUCAGUAAAUUAUGAUUGCACUAGAUUCGGAAAGAAAGUUUUACAAAUCUAUGUAUUUGUUAAUAUAAUAUAUAUAUAAAAGUUUUGCAAUAAAACCAAAAUUUAUAAACUUUGAA